CAAGGUUGCGGGCAAGAUUUGAUAUACAAAUUAUUAGAUUCUGCCCUGAAAAGGCUAUAUCAACCUUCAACCUUUGCGUGCUUUCGUUUUCUACUUCUCUAUUACACUUUUUCCUAUCACCAUGGCUCCAUCGGCUGUUGUUAAUAACGCCCCAGAGGUUUCUUCGAAGAUGUUGACAAAGGCUGAGUUGAAGCUCGAUGGAGACCAGCAGCAUGAUAUUGUGCUGCGGACGUUCCGCUGCCUCAUUGCGGAUCUGUGUGAGCAAUUCAAGGGAGGCCAUCCCGGCGGCGCAAUGGGAAUGGCAGCAAUUGGAGUCGCAUUAUGGAAGUAUGUUAUGAAGUAUUCUCCUACGAACCCGCUCUACUUCAACCGGGACCGCUUUGUCUUGUCAAAUGGUCAUACUUGCCUGUUCCAAUACGCAUUCAUGCAUUUGGUAGGAUACAAGAAUAUGACACUUGACCAGCUACGGUCGUAUCAUUCCUCGCGAACAGACUCCAUUUGCCCUGGGCACCCAGAGAUCGAACAUGAGGGCAUCGAAGUUACCACAGGACCACUAGGACAGGGGAUCGCAAACGCCGUUGGCAUGGCUAUGGCGUCCAAACACCUUGCCGCCACUUACAACAAACCCAACUAUCCACUUGUCAACAACAUGACAUGGUGUAUGAUUGGAGACGCAUGUCUUCAGGAAGGCGUAGCGCUCGAAGCAAUUUCCCUCGCAGGCCAUUGGAAACUGAACAAUCUCUGCGUCAUGUACGAUAAUAACCAGGUUACUUGCGAUGGUUCUGUCGAUUUGUGUAAUAACGAGGACGUCAACGCAAAGAUGGUUGCGUGCGGCUGGACCGUCAUUGAUGUGGAGAACGGCAAUUAUGAUAUCCGAAGCAUCGUCAAUGCUUUAGUCGCAGCAAGAGAGAGCAACGAUAAGCCUACAUUCAUUAACAUUCGCACAACAAUAGGAAUUGGUAGUAAAUCGGCAGGAGAUGCAAAGGCUCACGGCGCGGCUUUUGGACCUGAGGAUGUUGCAAACAUCAAGCGCAAAUUCGGUAUGGAUGACACAAAGCAUUUUAAUAUUACUGAAGAAGUAUACGAAUUCUUCCAAGAUAUCAAAUCCAGAGGGCAGAAGCUUGAAAAUGAGUGGGCUACUUUGCUUUCGGACUACUCUGAGGAGUUCCCAGAUCUUCACUCCGAAUUCAAGCUCAGGAUUGCUGGUGAGAUGACGAACGAUUGGUCAAAAUAUAUACCAGCAAAAGCCGAUUUUCCCACCACCCCGACUGCUUCGAGAAAGUCGGCCGGACUCGUGUGCAACCCUCUCGCACAACAUUUGAAGAACUUCAUGGUGGGCACAGCCGACUUAUCACCCUCAGUAAACAUGACCUGGAAAGACAAGGUUGACUUCCAACAUCCUGAUCUAAAAACCACUUGUGGAAUAAAUGGCGACUACACCGGUCGGUAUAUCCACUGGGGUAUCCGGGAACAUGCAAUGGCGUCUAUAUCAAACGGUCUCGCUGCUUUCAACAAAGGAACAAUCCUCCCAAUCACAUCCACCUUCUUCAUGUUCUACAUUUACGCAGCCCCAGGCAUCCGCAUGGGAGCCCUCCAAGGCCUCCAGCAAAUCCACAUCGCAACCCACGACUCCAUCGGCACCGGCGAAGACGGUCCCACCCACCAACCCAUCGAACUAGCCUCUCUCUACCGCUCCAUGCCCAACCUCCUUUACAUCCGACCCUGCGAUUCCGAAGAGACAGCCGGCGCCUUCAUCUCCGCCCUCAACGCCAAAUCCAGUCCCUCAAUCAUCUCCCUCUCCCGCCAAAACCUCACCCAGUACCCUGCCUACUCCUCACGCGAAGGUGUUCAAAAGGGCGCCUACGUGUUUAAGGAGCAGGACGACGCGGAUGUGACGCUCAUUGGCGUCGGGUCUGAAAUGUGCUUUGCGGUCGAUACGGCGAAGCUUCUUGAGUCGGAACACGGCGUUAAGGUCCGCAUUGUUAGCUUCCCGUGUCAGAGGCUGUUUGAGAUGCAGCCUGUCGAGUAUAAGAGGGAGGUGCUGCAGUAUCGCUCUAAGGCGCCGCGCGUGGUGAUUGAAGCGUAUUCGCCGCUUGGGUGGGAGCGGUAUGCUGAAGCGGGGAUAUCUAUGCAUUCGUUUGGGCAUUCGCUGCCGGGGCAGGAUGCGUAUAAAUACUUUGGGUUUGAGGCUAAGAGUAUUGCUCCGAAGGUGUUGGAGUUGGUUAAUGAUGUGAAGAGGGAUGGGAUUGAGAGUCUAAGGGGGGAGUUUAGGGAUUUAAACCAGAAGGCUCACUGAAUAAUAGUGGGAGGUGUAUUGUUAAUAGAAG